AUGGCAUUCUCAUCACAUAUCUGCGUAAUCGGUUCGCUCAACAUCGACUUCGCAGUGUCGACAUCGCGGUGUCCAGGGCCCGGAGAGACAUUAACCGCCAAUUCACUAUCUGUAGCACCAGGAGGGAAAGGUGCCAACCAAGCCGUUGCCUGCGGACGAGCCUCGCUCGCUGCUGAGGGCCAGCAAGAUGUGGCAGUCACCAUGAUCGGGGCCGUCGGUUCCAAUGACACAUACUAUUCGACCUUGAUCCGUCCGAUGUUAAAGGAUUCGGGUGUCAAUACGGAGCAUAUUGAGGAACGAACAGACAGCACCACCGGGUCGGCGACCAUCAUUGUCGAGGAGGCAGCUGGCGGCGAGAAUCGCAUCCUGGUAGUACCGGGGGCCAAUCAUACGGGAAUGCGUGAUGUUCAGAAAAUCCUCACUACAUUACAGCAAAUGCCACAGAGUCCAGCGCUUGUUGUCUUGCAAGGCGAGAUUCCCAAAGAUACUGUUGUGGGGUUGCUCGAACACUUUAAUAAACCCGACAGCACCACACACGUUCUUUUCAAUCCGGCUCCGGUCUUUCCAGACGGUGUACCCCUGUCGGCACUCAUCGAUACCACUGUCCUGGUGAUGAAUGAGACGGAGGCAGCCCAGAUGAGAGCCUCGAUUCUGGGAGAAUCGUCAAGCGAUACGUUGAGCGCAGACGACCUGAGACCAGAAGAGCUGGCAGCACAAUUCCACGAAGUCGCCAAGGUCAAGAUCGUUCUGAUCACUCUCGGGGCCAAGGGCGUCUUUUACUCCACUAUCACCGGUAAACAGGGCAUGGUCGACGGAGUUCGAGUACAGAAAGUGGUCGAUACGACGGCAGCAGGAGACACCUUUGUCGGAUACUUUGCUGCGGCAUUUGCUCGCUUUGUCUCCACAUCAAGUUUGCUGGCCGGGUUUGAUGAUGACAUUGAGAAUGCUGUGCAACGGGCCAAUUGUGCGGCGGCGAUUUGUGUACAAGGGCAAGGGGCAAUGCAGAGUAUCCCGAGGAUGAUGGAUGUGGAUAGUUUACAAUCCCACCAGUCAUAA